ACAACAACCAAGUUCACUUAGGUUCUCACUAUCGUUGUCACUACACUCCUUCUUGCAUUGCCUCGUCCGGCGUCUGUGUUUCUGCGAUAUACCUGCCUGUGGUAUUUUUGAUCGUACUAGAACCUUCAUUUGCACCUUUCACCGCUUUGCCGCCGCACGCUCCCUCAAUUCCAGGUCCCACCAGUUCCUCUGCUUCACCGUGAGGCCGCUGCCAUGGUCUACAUCACAUCAGACCUCUUCGGUCCUGUCGACACACACAGCCAAUCCCACCACUACUGGCAUACCAUGACCGACUCGCAACACGACGCGGCAAGCCUGGGAAAGAGGAAAAGGACACACGACGUAGAUGCAACGCCUACAAGUCGAGCACCUCGUCCUCAACAUACGUCAGCCUUCGACAACAACAGCGACCGAUCGUAUGCGCCGUACGCAACAGCGGAACAUCGUCCUAUGAAGCAAAUCAAACGCAUCAGUCCAAAGCUCGCCCUUCUUAAAUCGACAUCGCACCUCAUGGAUACCGACGCCAGUACGAGCCCACUAGUAGGCCUCACAAACGGCCAAGUCCAGCCCCACGCCGUCACAGACCUGCGAGCAUGCCACGCGUGCAAGUCAGCACCGAAACGAAAGAAGGAUCUCGAAAACUACAUGGAUUGCAAACGUUGCGUCGGUCGAACGUGCUACAUCUGCGCAAGGCAAUGUUUGGGAGGAUGUGGAAGGAAAGUCUGCAGGGAAUGCACUGCAGAGGUGGGACAAGAGAGAGAUUCUUGGUGUUUAGACUGCCUCCAGCGGGAACAGUACAUAAAGUAAUUCGGGGAAGAAACUGUAAACUGGGAGGAGGUUUGGACAUCAACUUGGCACACAUCAUUUCUUAGCGUGGCGUAAUGAGCGUUUGGGUUAUCAUCAUCUUGUCAAGAUACUUUUAUGAAUGCAUAGCAUAUGGAAGAGAAAGAGAAAGUAUUAUUAACAAACUAU